UGCGCGGAACUAUUUCGGGGGUUGUCCUAGGUUCCGGAUGCUGAUCGUGACUGUGCCACUUCCUGUACCGUUGAGUGCAAUGUACUGUAAAAGCAAUACGUACAGAUAAGUGUUGGGCCAUCGGAAUUUUACCAUCAACAAAAAAGAUUAGCAGACCUGGGAAGGAAUACAGGUCAAUAUUAGCCAUACAUUACAGCACUCACUAUCAUCAUCAUCAUCGUCAUCGUCGUCAUCAUGAAAACUGGAUUUCAAUUUACACCGGAGAAUAAACCCAUACGGUUCUUACCAGCGUCACGGCUCUUCUGGGCAUCACCCAUGACCAACACUUCACUUCACAACUAUCCACUGGAGAUUUGGACAACCAUCCCGGAGAACGAGCUAAUCCUGCGCCUGUGUCUGUUCGUGCCAGUCAUUCUGUUCGGUCUGCUCGGCAAUGGCAUCCUGCUGGAGGUGAUCUUCACGAACCGCACGUUGCGCACCCCGAGCCAUCUGCUGAUCGCGAACCUGGUCAUCACCGAUUUCCUGACGCUGCUCGUGCGCCCCAUUUUCUUUAUGACCCACGAUUUCUUCCAAAACUAUCUGCUCGGUCCGGUCGGUUGCAAGAUGGAAGGUUUGAUCGAAGGUGGGCUACUGGUCACCUCCGUCCUAAGCAUGUGCGUGAUCAGCUACGAUCGCUUGUCGGCGGUGGUGCUUUCGUCGGGCAGUCGUCUGAAGGGACGUGGAACUGCGGCAGCGAUUGCGUUUUGUUGGGUUGCCGGAUUCACCAUCUCGGUGCCGCUGUCUCUGUACCGUCACUUCAAGAUCCGCCAGUGGUACAAUUGGGUCGAGAUGUACUGCCAGGAGGAACAUGCACUUCUCGCGACCUAUUGGAACUUUCUCAUUGCAAUGUUGGUCUGGUUUCCGCUCGGCAUUAUGCUGAUCGCCUACACGCUCAUCAUCCUGAAGCUGGACCGCUACGAACGGAAUGCCCUGCGGCGUCAGCAUCCGAUGGUGGUGCGGUACAAGAGCCGCGUGGCUAAAACGCUCUACAUCGUCCUGCUCGGCUUCAUCAUUGUGCGCAUCCCGUACACCAUCAUGGUGCUGCUGUAUUACGAUGUCGAAAAUUUUGAAAACAAGGAGUAUAGCGAAUCGUUCGUACUUGCCUGGUGGCUGACGAAGGUAGCGUUUAUGCUACUGAACGCAGCCAUUAAUCCGCUCGUGUAUGGACUGACGAACAAGACAUUCAAGAAAGCCCUUCGAGGAUCGCGAAUUUUGCAAUUUCUCUGUCGACUGCCACGGGAACCGGAAUCAUCCCCAAAUGCUCCCCUGAGGCCCAUCUGUUGCUUCUGCUGCUGCCGGGGCGAUGGGAAAAGCAAUGAUGCGGAACAGUCCUCUCAGGAGGAUAAGAUUGUAUUCAGAUCCAAAUUUCCCCGUGUCAGCAAACGAUUCCGUGCUACCUGGCUAAACUCUACGUUUAAAGCUAGGCAACCCAGGACCGAGUCUACUGAUGCUGAUAAAUCUUAGCUGAUUCCGAGUGUAUCAUCAUUGCGAUGACGAAUUUGUUGUAAAAUAUAUGCUUUAUGAAAUGAAAUACUCUAUACUAAUAGAGCAAUAAAGGAAUCCAGGUACUAUCGCUGAACUGGAA